ACAGAAAAAUUCGAAUCCCAACCUGUAGAUGGGGAAAAAGCACACUUUCAGUUAUUCUCGAAAUCGGAAGCGAUUAGGCAAAAAACAAAAGGCAAAAUUAAAAAUCAAAAAUCCAGUCAUUAAUUCAGCUUGGAAGUAUGGAUUAUCUGUUAAAUCAAAUUUUAACCGUUUGGGUUUAGCUUACGAUGCAAAUGAAGCACUUGGAAAUAAUUGUGAUCAGGUUUUAACAAAUGGAGAGUAUGAUGAUAAUGAUGCAGUCACAAAAAAUAUGCCGAGACAGAAAAAGACUAAUGUCGUAAAAGUUUUAGAAGAGUUAGCCAAACAUAAAAAGCAAAAACCUGUGUUUGUCUCCGGAGAUGAUCAGUUGUUUUGCAUAUACAACUUAGAGAUGUAUCCUGAGGAUGAUUUCGAAUCUAUGAGUAGAGAUCCAAAGAAUGUUUAUCAGUUGACAUCCAAACAGAUCGAACGACUAAUCAACAAAUUUAAACAAACCACUGGCUUUCAAAAGUAUCUCAAAGAUAAGCAGUCAGGAGAGCUUGCCAUCGAUGAGUUGUUUAAUGAAGAACUGAUGUAAAUUUAUUAUUUUGCUAAAAAAAAAAAUAAAAAAUAUGAAUACUA